UUAGGGCCAAAAGGCCAAGCAAAGGGAAUUCUAGAAUCUACUCUCUACCUCUUGCUUGUGCUGCGCUGUCGUCAUUUUCUUCUUCGUCUAAGCUCCACAAUGAGGCAAAGGGCAGAUCGAGUGAAGGCGCUUUCUUCAUUUAACUAUUUUGUAUGUGAUGGAUACUUAUGAAUUGUUUGCGGUGGGUCGUCGAGGAUUAAAGUCAAAAGAUUUCAUCAACCAACUGCCGGAGGAGGUUCUUCUUUUGAUACUGUCACUUUUGUCACUCAAGGAUGCUGUGGUCACUGGCAGUCUCUCCAAAAGAUGGAAAUUCUUGUGGUGCAAGUUACACAAAUUGGAAUUCGAUGCUGGUGAAACAUUAAAUGAUAUCGUUACAGAUCGGAAGCUUCUUCGUGAAGCACGGUUUAAGUUUUUCAAACAGGUCAACGAUGUAAUCGAAAGUUACAACCAACCUGUAAUUCAACACAUCCGGAUUUGUUUUGAUUUGUUUGCAGGUAACGCAGAAGUUAUUGAUAAGUGGCUCCAAUUCGCAGCAGACAAGUUAGUUGAAAUGCUUGAAUUGGAUUUUAUGAAGCACGGUGUUAAGAUCCAUGAUUCUUUUUUUAAUUAUGAUUUCCCAUUCCGGUUAUCAGAUAGAAACAUAUAUAGAGCACCUUUUCGAAUUGCCAUCAUCAGCUGUUGCAGUUGUGGAGCUAAUUUCUCUGAAAAAGCUCGUCUUGAAGAGCGUUAACGUCAGUAAUGCAAUCUUAGAAAGAAACAUUAUAACCAUAAAACAAAGAGCUCUAAAAAAUAACUACCAGGUCUAGCAUUCAACAGUCUUUGAGGUUGUAUGCAAGCAGCAUUUCUCACUUAGGUUACUUGACGCGAAGUGGUUGAGAGUCUAUAUAUUCUAGUACUUUGGAUGCCUUAUUUACCUUUUUAAGAAGUGUUAGUUUAUUGAUCCACGGUAUGUAAUAAACAUUGUAACGGUUAAAUUACCAUUAAAUUAAC